GUAUCCAAAAUUCUAAAACAUGUCAUUGAAUUGAAUGCGUCCAAAUGUCAUGAAAGAACUAGUAGAGGUUAUGUUUGUUUUGUUCUCAAAACAUAAUAAAUAUUGAAAAAUGAUAAACGUAGAGGAAUAUAAGCUAGAAAUUGAAAACAAACUGGAAAAAGAGCAAAGCCAUUUGGACCUUCUAAAGGAACGAAUCACUAAAAGCACACAAAUCACAACGGGCAUCGAUGGAAUUUUAAACACGUUCGAACAACGUCUCUCCAGGCUGGAAGACACCAUCCUUCCCGUCUACAAUGAGACUGAAAACUUACAGAAAUGCCAAUACAAUAUCGAGCGUACAUUACAAGCAUUGGACAACGUGAUAAAUUACUACGAAGUCUCCUCGCUGGUGGAGGACGUGAUCGAGAAAGGCCCCUCGGUCGACUGCGACAACCUGGAAAAGUUGCACACUUACCUGCAGUCGUUAAAUCAGCUUGCGGUCGCGCAGAAAUAUUUCGAAAAGCACAUUCCGCAAAGUGUGGAACUCGAUAACGUGACGACGCUGUUUAAUAAGGGAAGUGACAAGUUACAUUACGAAUUUAAGACGAUUUUGGAUAAGUGGAACAAGCCGAUGUUGCCGGUGACUUUGUUAAAUUUAAUCAAUAAUGAUGAAGAUACUUCAAACGAGGAUGUUCCCCUAUCUCCGGUCCAAAUUCCGGAAUCAACAAAGGUCGUUCUAAUAAAAAUCGCAAACUGGCUCUUGGACCAUGAUCGUGACGAGUACCUCACGGUCUACGGUAAGAUUAGGGGCGGGGUUCUGCAACGGUCACUGACGUUGUUGAGAAACCACCAACGAUCGGUGAGCGGUGGUAGCGUGCAGGGGAUUGCCGGAUCGCCAAUGCUGAAACCGAAAUUUCAAAAUAGACACGAGGCGUCCAGACGGCCGUCAACUAGGCGUCUGCAUCAAGUCUUCGAGAAAAAAGCCGGUCGCAUGCUUCUACGCGCGUCGCAGACGAUCGAACAGUCCACCGGCUUAGCGCUGGGGACGCGUCGUUCCUCCGCUCACUUGGACGUACCCUACAGUGGCGAGGAACUGGACAGCGAACAAGAAAUGGAGAAUUACUUAGUUUGCGUGGUGGCGCUUCACAAACUAAUGCAGGUGGAGCAGUCGCUGAUGAAAGGCAUAAUAACACCCACACAUCAGCCGCGAGUUUUCGAAUUAAUUGUCCGCGACGCUAUGGAUACAAUCGUUCAAGACGGCGAGAACAUCGCAGCCCGAGCGAAACGCUGUAUAAACCGUCACGACUUCUGCGCCGUUUUGGUUUUGUUUCCCAUUCUGAAACAGUUGCUGAUUUUGAAACCGGACUUCGAGCGGACAAUUGAGGAGUGCGAUCCGAAUGUGAAAUCCAAAUUUGACUCGAUCCUUUACACGCUGCACACCACAGGUGCAAAGGCUUUAGAGGAUUUCAUCGAGAGUUUACGCUCAGAUUCUGUUACUCAACUGCCAAAGGAUGGCACUGUGCACGAGUUGACCAGUAAUGUUUUGAUGUUCUUAGAGCAGCUACUCGAGUACACCUCCACCUUGGGACGUGUAUUAAUGGAUGAUCUUAAUUACAGCUCGCAGUUAGACAAACUUAAAGCUAGCGAUAAGAAUAAGGCCAUUUUGGGAUUAUACAUUAAAAAAGUGCUCGUUCAACUUAAUCACUCGUUACUAAGCAAGAGUGAGCAAUACGGUGAAAUUGCACUUAAGGCGUUGUUCCGUUUGAACAACAACAAUUACGUAUUGAAAUCUCUACAACGCAGCAGCUUACUGGAGCUCUACCGAAUUUCGGAACCGAAAUGCGAGCAAUACUACUAUAACUCCAUUCAAGAACAGAAAAAAUCUUACUCGGCCAGUUGGAGUAAAUUGCUGAGCUACAUCUGGAGUACGGAUGACAUGCCCGUAAACCUAUUGCACACUGAUCGAAUGCGAGACAAAGACAGAGCGUUAAUCAAGGAACGUUUCGCUGGUUUCAACAAGGAAUUGGAAGAGAUUGCUCGAGUGCAGAGGAGUUACUCCAUACCGGACGUUGAGCUUCGUGAAAGUUUAAAGAGAGACAAUAAGGAGUAUAUAGUUCCCAAGUAUAACGCCUUUUACGAAUUGUACGGAAGCAUGCAUUUUUCAAAGAACCCGGAUAAGUACGUGAAAUAUAAACCUGAUGAAGUUUCCGCGAUGAUUGAUCGAUUUUUUGAUGUCGCCGCGUGAAUUUGUCAAAUUAUAAGUAAAUGCUUUAUUAUAUAUAUACUCUAUUAAUAUUUAUAUACAUAUAUAAAACAUGAA